AUGUCCGACUCUUAUACGCGCAAAAAGCAAAGCACCCCUCCGUCCCGCAAUUUCUCUCACCCGAACCGCCACCGCGCACCCAACCUCUCACCCUCCCAGUAUCAAAACAGUCACAACCAAAACCGCCCGCCCAUGGCGCCCGACUCGCGACAUAUGCUUCCCCUAAUACCCGGCGCCAUCUUUACCCGCAGCACCUCCAACCUCAGCCUGCACUCCGAACGGCACCCUCACGACGACAUCAACUUCUCCUACAUCUCGCCACGCCGCCUAGGAACAAGCCAUACAGCAUUCUCAUCUUACUCCACACCUGACCUGACCCUGACCGCGCUCCCUCAACUCCCGCCUGUGCCACCAAUCCCUCAACCGUUUGGAGGCCCGCCACCGGCCACUAUCAACCCGCCCAGUCCGAGGAGGUUAGUCAGGUCUCCGCCUAGGUCACCAACGAAGAGCGCGAAGAGCACAAAGGGAAGUGGAUGGAGGAGACUGGGUAGGAAGGUGAAGAAGGUGUUUAGUUUCGGGAGGCAGAAGAAGAGGAACUCGACGCACAGUGAUGGUGGGCAGAGGGCGAUGGUGAUUGGUGAGCCGUAUGAUUUUGUGCAUAGGGAGACGCAUGGUGUCGGGCCGUUGAGACCGAGUGGGCCGGCUAGAGUUGGGACGAGGACGACGACAUCUGGGGUGGCUGGUGGUGAGAGUUGGAGUGAGAGUAUGAGUGGUAGAUUGGGUUGUGGAUUGGAUGAUAGACCAAGUAUUGGGUGUGAUGGUGGAGUAGGUGCAAGAGACAAAGAUAUAAGCGGAGGAGCGGAAUUUGGAGGGCUGGGAAACCUGGAUGUCGAGGGAACAGCCGUUUCAGAUGAUGAAGAUAGCACUUGGGAAGACUGUGAGGCGACGAGGCUCUUUAUUGCGCACCAGGAAAGUCUGGGAAGGAGGACCUGA